CUAUAUCUCGCCGUUCGGCGGUCGAUCGGAACAUGACGGACAGUUCGUGACCUAGUUGCAGGGAGGAAGGAGAAAAAGAAGAAAGUCGCGCGGUGAAUUGUUGCAGUCUAUCAUGUCUUGUGACUUCGAUGGCAUCGCCGCCGACCUGAACGCACGAUCGCGACGGGAUUUUUGAACCGGGGACGGGAAUCCGGAAGAUGCGCACAAUGUGUCACAACAUCACACGCACCUGCAUCUGUCAGACCACUCGAUGAAACGGGCAGUACAUCUAUAUAUUUACACGCACACAUCCAUACAUUCGCGGGAAUUUCCAAAAAUAUGGAAUCGUUUCUACAACUGUUUGAUCCACAAAACGAUAAGGAUUUAAGGAAGAGGCGGUGGGACGACUCUGAGAAUGAGGGAAACGGAUUGUCGGACUGUGACACUUCUAGUGCGGAUGAGGAUCAAGAGGACCGACUGCCGCCGGAGCCAGAACAAGGAAACAUAGAGUACAAAUUAAAAUUGAUAAAUCCAUCUAGUCAACGUUUUGAACAUCUUGUCACCCAAAUGAAAUGGAGGCUAAGAGAGGGACACGGAGAAGCGAUUUAUCAAAUCGGAGUGGAGGACAAUGGAAGAUUGGCGGGUUUAACAAAAGACGAAAUGAAAGCGUCUCUAAAGACGCUGAAGGACAUGGCUUCCAGGCUGGGCGCUACUAUAAGAAUAUUACGCGAGCGAAUAGCCACGAGUUCUGCGAGUAAAACCUUGAUGUCGCAAAAUAAUAAUAAUAAUAAGGAGGAAAAGAAAGUCGCUGAAGUGCUGGUAAGAAAGUUACGAAAGGAUGACAGAGAGGAUCAGGAUAGUAUCGUAGAUCUGAGAUUGGCGGUCACCGGGGCGCAGGAUGCUGGAAAGUCGACUCUCUUAGGGGUACUGACGCAGGGUGAGCUGGACAAUGGUAGAGGUAGAGCGAGGCUCAACAUGUUGCGUCAUCUGCACGAGAUAAAGACUGGUCGUACAUCCUCGAUAUCGCACGAGAUUAUCGGAUUCGAUGGCGCGGGUCACGUCUUGAACUAUGCCGAGAUGGCGACGGCCGAAGAGAUAUGCGAGCACGCGUCGAAAGUAGUUACGUUUAUCGAUUUAGCAGGACAUCGAAAGUACUUGAGGACGACGGUGCUUGGGCUGACAGGAUAUUCGCCGCAUCACGUUAUGCUAGUGAUAGCGCCGCCAUUGAACGAAGCGUCGCAGGAACACAUGGCUCUCUGUUUAGCGUUAAAACUUCCGUUCUUCAUAGUCGUGAAUAAAAUCGACUUGGGAUUCUGCGACAUGUCUGAGACUCUAGCUCAACUCGGGAACGCCAUGAUGACGCAGGGCUAUCCUAAGCAAUUAGUACUGUUUAGCAAUAAUGACAUACCGUCAUGGGACUACACGUCCGACGUGAUACCAGUAUUUAGUGUCAGUUGCGUUACCGGUGAGGGUCUCGAGGAAUUGACUAUGUUUAUCAAAAAUUUGUCACCUUACGAGACGAAUUCGAUCGACUGGGACCCGGAAUCGUGUCUAUUUCAAAUUGACGAAACGUUUAGGGUAGCAGGUUUGACACAACCAGUUUUAGGAGGGUUACUUGUUAAGGGAGCGAUCGCACCGGGAACUCGUUUAUUAGUAGGACCCUUGCCGGACGGAGAAUUUAGCCCAGUGAAGGUAGUUAGUCUACAUCGUAAUAAAGCCCCGUGCUGCUUAGUUAGAGCGUCACAGAGUGCUAGUCUGACUCUAGCACCACCGACGAAUCGUAGCCCUCCCCUGCCGCAUCUUCGUCCGGGAAUGGUUUUGGUCUCUCUGCGUGAUCGACCUCAUGCAACACUCUUCUUUCAGGCGACUGUAUUAAUAGUAUAUCACGCCACCGCGAUAUUUCCCGGGUUUCAAACGACGGUACACGUGGGUAACGUGAGGCAGACCUGCGUAAUCGAGGGAAUAAUGGAUGCGAAUGACAGGGGGCUGCAGACGAACGACACCGCUUCUGUGUUAUUUAGAUUCGUCAGUCAUCCGGAGUAUCUCCACGUCGGGAUGCGACUGUUGUUCAGGGAGGGGCGUACCAAGGGGAUUGGCAAAAUCACGCAAAUCUUUCCCGUAAUCGGAUCGCAGAACUCGAUCAAAUGAAGGAAAUUGCAUAACGCGAAAUGUAAAUUAAUAUCCGAGACAUGCCCUUUUCAUAGUAUUUAUGUAUAUGUAAUUUAAAGAAGAAAAAAGAAUAAGAUAAAUGUUUUGUAAAAGUAGAAUUAUAUUGCUGAUAUUAUUGGCGGUGUACUAAUACAGUUAUAUUUGUUCGUUAGAUACCCUGUUCAAAAUAAUUGGGGAAUCGCUUCUCGUAAAUGUUAUUAUUUCAUAAUACAUAUGAUGUAACAGUAAUAAUCUUUGAAAAUAUCCUUUAGUUUAUAUAUGUACAUAUAUAUAUAUAUUUAAGAUAUUGAAGUAAUAACCAAAUACAUUAUUUACAUUAAUAAUUAUAUUUAUUAAUGUAAACAAUGUAUUUGCUGCAGUGUUUCGUAGUUUUUGUUGACAUUUGAUUUAAGUAGAAUUGCUCAAAAAUGUGAUUCUGUUAUUAUUUUGAGCAGUGUAUUAACAUGCCGCAGAAAAAGAAUUUAAUUUUGUGUGUGAUAAUCAAGAAUUUUACUAAAAAGACAUAUACCUAAAAGAGUGGGAUAAACGGUAUGUUUCAAUGCAGAGAUAUAAUUAAGAUGCGUUCCAUUUCAUGCAUGAUGCGCAUAAUAUAAUAUAUUAUUUUAUCCUUGUUUCAACAUUCAGUGAAUAACAAGUAUAAGAUGAUACAUCAUGCGUGUCAUGCAUGAAACGGAACGCACGUUUAGAAAGUUUUCUAGCUUGAAAAUAUAUUUCCUCUGAUCGUUUUGUGCAAUAUAUUAAUAUCCCAGAAAAAAAUAAUUUUUUUGUGUUACGAGAGAAGUAAAAAUUGCGGAUAUAUAUCCAAAAGGAAUACAAUAAACGAUACAGUUUUGUACAAGGGCGUAACUAAAAUUUUUGGCCUGAAGGAAAGCUUUAUACAUCUACAUAAGAAUAAAAUUAUUCUCGAAA